CAAAAAAAGUAGCACCAAACCCUAGACAUAUCCAUCCAUUCUAUUCCAUUCUAUUCUAUUCCCUCGUUCAUUCCUUUUCCCCUUUUCAUCAUUUUCCCAUCUUCCACCGAAAGCUAUUCAGUUUUGUCCCACCCCAAUAACAUGCAGCCACAGAACUUGUCGGAAAAUCUUGACCUCUAUGAUUAUCUCGCCGGAACCACCAGCUUCUCUGAUGCCGGAGCCUACUGUUUGCCCCGGAACUAUGACUUUCAGGGCGUGGCUCAAACUCAGAGCCUGUAUAAUAAUACAUCAUUCUACUCUCUGGAGAUGUCUGAUGUUACUGAAAGUAGCCCUGAAGCUAGAGCUCUUGCUGCUUCUCAACAGCAUAAAGAAGCUGAGAGACGAAGGAGAGAGAGAAUCAACUCUCAUCUUGAUAAGCUCAGAACCCUUCUUCCUUGUAAUACAAAAACGGAUAAAGCUUCGCUACUUGCAAAAGUUGUUCAACGAGUAAGGGAGUUGAAACAGCAGACUUCAGAGAUUAUGCAACUUGAAUGCUUCCCAUCUGAGGCUGAUGAAAUCUCAGUGAUGUUAAAUGACGAUUCAAAUGAUGGAAAGUUACUAAUCAAGGCUUCUUUAUGUUGCGAAGAUCGGUCCGAUCUCAUACCGGACCUAAAUGAGAUACUCAAAUCAUUCCACUUGAGUCCGUUGAAAGCUGAAAUUGUUACUUUGGGAGGAAGAGUUCGAAAUGUGAUCAUCUUAGCUGGUGACAAAAGUCAAACUGAUGAUGAAUCAGUUCCAUCCCUGAGAGAUGCAUUAAGGUCCCUAGUUCAACGUUCAAAUCAUGCCUCUGGAGAUAGGCCAAAAAGGCGAAGAGUUUUUGACCAAGGAAUAGUAAGUUGAGAUCAAGAAAACCCUUGUUUGAUUUCUUGCAUUAUAGUGUUGAUUGUGGGAUGCUUUAUAAGUUUGGACUUGUAAUAAUUUGGUUAAUUUUACCUAAAACCAAUAUUAUGUAUAAGUCAAGAUGUAAGUGUAAUGCUAUUGGUUUAUGGGGAUUAUUGAAAAGUGUGGAUUGGUUUAUUUCUUUGAGUUUUUUUUUUCUUUUUUUCGAGUCCUUCUUCUUUCAAAUGUACUUGGUUAUGAUAAAUCUCCAUAAACGACAAAUUUCUUUUUUUCCC